AUGGAUGAUGAUGAGCUAAACAAACUAAAAUCAAAAUUGAAAAAUAUGAAAGAAGCUCAGAAAAAAAGGGAGUUAACUAAAAAACAAAAAUAUGAAUUGAAGAAAAAAGUACAAAGAGAAAGUUACCAUAAAAAAAAAGUAGAAACCAAGGAGUUGAUAUCAAAGGAAGGACCGUCCCAAGAUAAUAGUAACAGUAGGGAGGUUCUACCAUCGGUUUUGCCAAAGAAAAAUGCUUUUAAAAUAAAAGUAGGGCCAUGUACUGCUAAAGAGAGCCAAUCUACUAGCGCCACCACACGUGUUGAUAAGAAUUGCGCCAAAAAAGUACAAGAAAAAAAAGAAAAAGGAAAAGAAAAUUCCAGGGCAUAUAGAAUAAAGAAAAAACAACACACUAAGUUAGAAAAAUUUAUGGACGAACAAACUCCACCCUCAAGCCCAUCAACAUCACCUCUGCCAGAAGUAGCUAAUAAUAAGAGAAAAAGGACCUCGACUAAGACUUAUAGGGAACAGAAAAAAACGAUUUUAGACUUACAAAAAUCUUUGAAAACUUCAAGGCAAUGCGCUGAGCGUUACAAAAAACGGUAUAAUAGGUUAUUGAAAAAAAAAUGCAAACAAUCAGGUUCCCCUACACCUGAUACUAAGGUAAAAACAAUUCUAAGACAACCAACUAAUGAAAUAAAAAAGAAAUUACUCUUUGGUGAAUGUUUGGUAAAAGAAAUCAAGACAAAGGCGAAACAUUCCAAUGAAGUGGAAAAAAAUAUAUUGGGAGCUUGUAUCUCAUCUCCUAUUCAUAAAAAAUAUCAUGUUCAAUCUGAAGCAGCGUCUAUUGUGUCUCGUCACAUUUUUAAGAAACACGUUAAAUCUCAAAUUAAACAUGUUAAAAAAAGGCAGAUUCGAACCCAACAAAUGAUUAGUUUGAGGCGACAAAUUGAGAACUUUUUUCUUGAAGAUGAAAAUACUAUCCCAGCCCCUGGCAAACUUGACACAAUUACCAAGAGAAAAAUUACAAAACAAAAGAGGUACCUCACUUCAACACUAAAAAUCCUAUACAAAAAGUAUAUCGAUCAGUUUAAUUCAAAAAUAUCUUUUAGCACUUUCUGUAGAUUGCGUCCAUUUUAUGUUCUAAAACCAAGAGUGUCUAACAGAGAUACAUGCUUAUGUGUCAAAUAUGAAAACUUUAAAUUUAUUUUGCAAAAGCUACAUUACUUUAAGAUUGUAAGGAGUAAGAUACCCUUGGAAGUUAUUAGAGAAUUAGUUUGCAAUUAUAAGGACAAAUAUUGCAUGUAUCGCGAAUGUCAAUCAUGUAAGAUCAAACAAUGUCAUUUAGCUAAUGAAGAACUGUCAGCUCGCAUUACUUUUUAUUAUGAGUGGAAAAGUAAGGUUGAAGAAAAAAAAGAUAAAAAUGGAAAAGAAAUAAAAGUAAGAAUUACAGCCAAGGAAAGAAUUUCUUGUUCGGUUAAAGAUUUAGUUGAAAAACUAAAUGACUUACUUCCAAAAUUUUUAAUCCAUGAAUACAAUAUCCAACAUCACUUUCUAAAAAUAAAGCAAUUGCGGCAAAUCAUUUCAUCACGUACAGCAAUCAUAAACAUCGAUUUUUCAGAGAACUAUGGAUGUAAAUACUCAAACGAAAUACAGAGUGUACACUUUGGAGCAUCAAAACCCCAACUUAGUCUGCACACUGGUGUCAUAUAUUUUAAAAUUGGUGAAGAAUUGCACCACCAAUCCUUUACCUCUGUUUCGGAUCAACUCUGCCACGAACCUUAUGCAAUUUGGGCCCAUUUACAACCAGCACUAGAGUUAGCUACAAAAUUGAUCUCUGGACUUGAUACCAUUCAUUUUAUUAGUGAUGGUCCUACCUCUCAAUAUCGAAAUAAAAUAAAUUUCUUUCUAAUAACUUAUUUUGGAAAAAUGCGUGGUUUUAAGAUACUAACAUGGAAUUUCUCAAAGGCAGGGCAUGGAAAGAGUUCUGCAGAUGGAGUUGGAGGAUCAUUAAAGAAGAUGGCCGAUUUGGCAGUUUCUCACGGCCACGACAUAAUGUGCGCAAAAGACUUUGUCAAUGUUCUUCAUACUACAAAUUCACAAUCAAAAAUAAAACUUUUUUUGAUAGACGAAAAUGAAUUUAGAAAAUUCCGAGAUGUAGCUCCAUUAUCAUUAAAAUCUAUUAAAGGAACAAUGCAAAUACAUCAAGCGUUAUGGAAAUCUGACAAUCCCCAGAAACUUAAAUUUAAAUACCUCAGUUGUAUUUGUGAAGAUUGUUCUCAUUACGAACUAUGUGAAGUAGCGUAUCCUAAAGAUGACAAUGAUGAAAUGAGUUUAGAUAAAAGUUACGAAAUUGAAGAUGAAAUAACAUAUAAUGCACCUGAUAAUUCUCCUGAUGAUUCUGUACUUUCAACGGAAAGUAGUCAAGCUUGCAGUAAGACUACAGCAGAAAUAAAAUGUGGUGAUUGGGUGGCUGUGCUUUAUGAUACAAACUGGUAUCCGGGGAUAGUAGAAGAUACUAUUGAAGAUAAUUUGAAAAUAUCUUUCAUGGCUCGAGCUGGACAACAUUUCUUUUGGCCAGAAAAGUCUGAUAUACAAGUUGUGGCAUCCGAUGAAAUUUUAUGCAUUUUAGAAUAUCCCCCAAAACCAAUUUCUGCAAGACAUUUCAGUAUUGUGCAAAAAGCACGCAUUGAUGAUUUAUUAAAAACGUUACCUUGUUAA